UAAAAACGCAGUGUUAAAACUUACAGUUCCAAUCAAAAACAUUGAGUAGUGAUAAAAGUAUUGAAGGUAACGAAAUGAAGGUCUUAUUAGUUUGCUGUGCUUUAGUAUUUGGUUUGACAAAUGCACAUGUCAUUUCAGAAUAUGAAAACGAAAAUGUAGCAUUGCAAGGAAUGUUUGAAGACAUACUGAAUGGCACCAUUAAUGGCAUUUUAGGCAAAAUGACGGAUCCUUUGGUAUUGAAUGACACAAAUUUGGUAUUUAAAGAAGAAGGGACGUUGGAAGGUGUUGCUAAUCUGUCUGAUUUCAAAUUAUUUGGAAUAAAAUCCUUGGUAGCGACUUACAUAAAGAUCACGGGUAUGUCAAAACUAAAUAUGACUGUUAAGAUUCCUGAUAUUUCUGUGAAUUUUAAAUAUAAUCUGGACGUGCUGCUAUUGGAUCUAAUCCCUUUGUAUGGAAAAGGAGUUAAUAAUAUUGACAUAGAGACCAUUGACCUAAAUAUAUCAGGAGGAAUAGAUCUUUCCAGUGGAAUCAAAGUAAAAGACAUUAGUGUAUUAAUUGAUCUGGGAACUGCAGUGUUUAACUUGAACGGGCUCCUCAACAAUCCUGAGUUCAGCGCACUUGUCAGCACAGCUUUGAACGACAAUUUCUGCGAUUUUGUCGACAAAAACAACGAACUUCUAUCACAAAUUUUGGGACAAAUAUUUGAAGAAAUUAUAAAUAGUGCUCUUUAAAUUAUACUUUUAUAUUUCAGCGUUCUGUAUAUUUACUUUUAAAUUCUUUAGGAAUUUAAUAUUUAAACUGUUUACUUAAAGUUUUUGUUUAAUAAAUAAAUUAUUUUUACCUUGUUUA